AUGUUUUCUGGUUGCCAGGGUUACGCAGUGACUUGCGCGUUUGUUUUGUUUGUGGAGGCGGUGGCGGGGGAAAGUUGAGUUUUGUUGUUUGUAGAUUUGAUUGUGUGUUAAAAUGGAUGACAUCGGGGGUUUGGAAGUCAGGUGGAUACAAGGUUUUACAAACAAAACCGUCGAGUUUGUGGAUAAUGAAACAGUAUGUUACGCAUGCGGGAAUCAUAUCUGCUUCCUCAGACUGGACACGAAAUUGCAAAGUGUGCUUCAGGGUCCUGGCAGGGCCAUCGGUGCAUUGACAGCCAGUGGCAAGAGUGGGAUCUUCGCUUUUUCUGAGCAGAAGUUAUCCCCGUCUAUCUUUGUGUACGUUUACCCUGAGCUCCAGUUGAAGAAUGAACUGAAAGGGACAGCACAACUGGACUACACGUCGCUGACAUUAAGCGAUGGUGGUCCCUAUUUGGGCUGUUGUUCCUCUCUUCCAGACCACACCAUAACAGUGUGGAACUGGGAAACUGCCGAGCAAAUCUGCACACGACCACAAGCUGGGAAAGAUGUCGUUUCUUUGGUGUUCAACCCUUUGAGCUGCCUCCAGCUUUGUGCUCUUGGCUCUACCUCCAUCACCGUCUGGAAUAUUGAAAGGAGUGCCAGCCUUCAUGUGCUAAAACCAAGUGUGAUAGAGCUUCCUGCUACCGAUGGUUCCUUUGCUGAGAGAUUGGGGCCCACCUCUUAUCCCGUCCGGGCGAAACCACCCUACUUUGGUCCAGAGUUGCCUCCUGUGUUUACGCAGACAAAACUCAGCACCAAAGCCAGGCUGACUCCCAGCACCAUCUGCUGGACAUCCACGUCAAAGCUGCUCGUGGGCUGUGCGGAGGGAUUUCUGCUGCUCAUUGACCCCGUGAGCCGCUCUGUCUCCGUCCUCUUCAACCCCACAACCCCUGAUGCCGACCCUGAUCUCAGACAGAGCAGCUUUCAAGUUUUAACCCUCAACAAGAAUAGUUUGAUCACUGUGGGGAAGGACAGUGUGGUGCACAGUCUUCAAAUCAACGGGACUCAGAUCAACAUCACGCACACGUGGCAGUUAGAAGGGCCUGCCACCACUGCGAUGUACUCCCCUGACUGUGAAACUGUACUUUUAUCUUCUAAUACAGGGCAGAUCUAUGUGUUGAACCCAACUCGGACAAACAAGAUAGUGAAAGUCCUGGAUGUCCUCUGCGGAAAGUUUGCGGCGGCAGCUUGGGCGCGCACUGACAAGAACAUUUGUGUGUCAGUGAGGGAUUCUGGCGAACUGCAGCUGUGGUCCGUGGAUGGCAUGCGCCUCGGCUCCGUGUCUCUUCAAGCUGAGGUGACAAGUCUGGCCUGCUGUCCUAUUGCACAGUACGCAGCUGUAGGAACAACGUCAGGAAAUGUCCUCUUCGUUGACCUGAGCAGGGAGCAGGAGCCUCGCCUGGUGCACCAGGUUCACCUCUGCAACACUCCUGUGGAUCACCUAGUUUUUGAUCAAGAGGGGAACUACCUUCUCACCGGAGCUUCAGAUUCACGUAUCUUUGUAAUAGAUGCAAAGCCAUCAAAGAAGUUUUCAGUCCUAGGAUGCACAGUUGUUCCUGGACCCAUUCUGUCACUUUCCACUCAGUGCAUCAGGGACUGUGAGAAGGUGACAGUUCUUGCGCUGUGCGCCGGACAGGAGGGCAAACACCGUGAUGGUCGCCUGCUCACACUGCUCUCUCUGCCUGCAAAGGACCUUACAGGUCCUGAUUGUGUAGACCGACACGGCUGUCUGUCUUCUCACGUCCUCCAAGUGUCCAGAUACGAAGUGCCUCAUCCACUUACAUCCUGUGUCCUGGGCGUCAGCGAGGUCUUUGCUCACUGCCAGAGGAGGAAAACUCUACAGCGCUUUCGGCUCCCCCAGGACACGGCAGGUCUCGGAAGUCAGCAGGUCGUCCGGCUGAACCCGGAGCAGGAGGUGAAGGGUCAUCCUCUGGGCCCCGCCUGUCUGGUUCUGUCUCCUCAUCAGUUAUGGCUGGCAUCCGCCGGCAGAGACGGCCUGCUGCGCAUUAGAGAGACUUCUUCCAUGGAGCGGUACACUGAGCUCCAGUGUCAUCCGUGCCGCCUCGGCGGAGUUCGGAGUCUGACCUUCUCCACUGACAGCCUGACACUCCUCACUGCUGGCUGUGAAGACGGCUCUCUGGUGUGCACCAAUCUCAGAAUUAAAGGUGUGGAAGCUGAGAUGAACAAAGUGACACAGAAUGGUCAGCCCAUGGCUCAUUUCUUGAAGGAUAUAUUCAAUACAGAGAACCCUGUCCUCACUGACUUGCCUCGGUGGAGCCAAGAAUCUUGUGUUGGCUCUGAAAACCCAGAGGAAAGUGAGGUAAUGAAAGAAGAGAAUGAGAAAUGCUCAGAGACAAAGGAAAACCUGAGGAAAACCAUCCAGGAGUUACGUGGCACUAUCCAGGAGAUGCUGCGUGAAAAUGAGAACGUCCCAGCUGCGGAGCGUCUGGCACAACACGAGCUCAACCUGGAUGUUGAGGGUCAGAGGGGUCUAGAUGCCAUGGUGGAGCAGGAGGCUACCAGGGUGAGGGAAGAAAUUGAGUGGGAGAUUUUGGCCAAACGUUUCCUCCGUGACGUCCUCAAGAGACAGUGCUGGGAUUCAUUGAAGGUCAAGAGCAGGUCCGUUAAGGGGUUUCACUGUGAACAUGAGGUGAAGAACUACCCUCUGAAAGAGCGAACAGAGAAAGAGGUGGAGGAACUUCAAAGGGUUCAGAAUAUGAGGAAGAUUGAAAUGGCCGCCAGCACCCAGUGUGGCCUUAAGAAAACUUCCAGUGCAAGGGAGGAGGAGCAAGAGGAGGAAGACCUCACGGCAGAGAGUGGUGUGGUUACGGGAAGUUUCUCCGCUCAGUUAGGAUAUUCAAAUCCUUACAUCUACGAUCAGUUCAUUGUGCGAACCACAGAACAGAAGGUCAACCAGAUAAUUCUGCUACAGGAUGUGAUUCAUCGCAUCAAGACAGCUUUCAACGCUGAAUUUGAUGCCGUGCACAGGCAGAAGGUGCAGGAGCUGAACCAUGUGAGAGAAAGGAACAGACACAUCAGGGAGAUCCUGCUGGAGCUGGACAUGAGGCAGGAGCUGUGGGAGCCCAGCCUGACCAACAGUGAGUGGCCAGAGAGGCUGUUCACUGUGGACGACUCUGAGAUAAAGGCAGAAAAGUAUCUCACCCCAGAACAGAGAGAGGAAGAGGAGAGGAAGGAGUUGGAGGAGCAAAAGCAUUUAGCUGCCAAGGGUGAUAAUUUCAUGAAAAAGGGUCUGGAUGACAUGAUGGAUGGAUUGCUUGAAGUGAAAAAAGAGGACAUCUUGAAAAUUGAAAUAACUCAGCCUGAGUUUGCUUUGACCAAACCUGACAGUCACUGGAGUGAGGAGGAGAAAAAGGUCUAUAAACAGUAUGAAAAAAAAACCAAAGACCUGAGUGAGAAGAAAGAGAAAUACAAAAAGUUACGGGAAACUGAAAUGAAAAGACUCCAAGUAUCCACCAAGGAUGCAACCAAAGGUUUUGAUGAAACUUUGACAAAGCUUUUUGAGAAGAAAGUAAAAUGUGAGAUGACAAUAUAUCAGGAAAAGCUCAAGAUCACUUAUCUUGUUUAUUCAGUAAUCCUAGAAGAGGAGAUGAGAAAUCAAGAGCUGGAUCUCAAGCUCAAACUUGGAAAAACACUGGCAUACAGGGAUGAACGUGAGGAGGAGGUGAAGAGACAUGAAGAAGAAGUAGAAUUGUUUCUCGAGACCUAUGACACCAUUGUAGCCGAGGACAAACUUCUUGACAAGGAGUUCAGGAAGGAGUUCUUUGAUGUACCUGCAAAUGUUGUUGAUCACUUGUAUAAGCUGUUCAAGCGAAGACCCAGGGUUCAAAAGUUGAGGACUGACAACAAACUCAACCUGUUCAAAGAGCAGAGUCUGUGGGGUUCCCUGGCUCCCGACGCAACUGACAAAAUGAGUAAGGCCAUGGAAGAGCAGGAUGCUCCAGAAAAUACACCAGAGGGCUUGAACCCAUCAGUCUGGAAGAGAUUCUGUCUUGUCCGCCGAGUGAAAAUAGAGAGUGAACAUAAGGUAAAUAUAAAUUCUUUGACUCUUGCUGAGAUGCAGAAGUCCAUACAGGAGAGGAGAGCCGAGAAAGAGGCUGCUCAACAGGAAAUUAACAAUCUCUCUGACGAACUUGAAAGUCUACAUAAGGAGAAGAACCGUUUCCUGAUGGACAUCAUGGUCCAGGUCAUUGUCAAACAGGGCCAGGUGUACACCACAGACGAGACCGCUGACUUCCCUGAAUAUGUACUUCUCCACAAGGGUGUGGUGGAAGACCUCAACAAAACCAUCAGGAUGCUCGGAGGGCAGAACAUAGCCUCCAUGGUGCAGCGCAAAGACUUCCGUAAGAACACCUUCCUGCUGGAGUGGAAGCACAAGAUCAUGACGAUGCAGAUAGAGGACCUCAAUAAUAAGGCGAGGGACAUCCAGAGGUUACAUCUCUCUGAGGAGCGACAGGAUUAUCUCAACAAGAGAGACUUAAACAGUCGUGUGUCCCAGCAAGUGUCCGUCCUGGAGAAAACAAUAGCCUUCCAGGAAAAGGCUCAUCUACACAAUGUGCAGCGUUACAAGAAUAAGAUUAAAGAGCUUAAAAAGCAGGCGGCAAUGAAAGCCGAGAAGAACGCCGUUUCAGAACAGCAGCUCCCUAAUAUGCAGGUGACAGUGGCCGAGAGGAGACACAUCGAUGAAGCAAUAGCCUCAGAGGAGAAUCAGGCAGCAACAGAGGGACGUCACCGGGAAAUUGUUCUGAGGAAGAACUUGGAGGACUUUGCCAGAGCACAGGCGGAGGAUCUGGUUGUCCUCUGGGCAGAACUUGAGCGACUGAGGAUGAAGAACUUUCCAUCACUUGAUCAGCUGAAACACUACUGAGCAAAGCAAAAUCUCUUCCAACACAUAACGGGGUUUUAUUUACACUUCUCUCCACAAGUAAAGUGAGAUUUACAAUGACAUUUACAACUCAAACUGUGAAUGAAAAAAAAUAGCAGCAACAAAUAAAAUUAACUAGCUCUGGAUAUUUGAAA